CCACCUAGGUCCGGUGGCGCCACGUGGGCUGGGGAAUGGGGCUCCAGUUCCUGCUGGGGCUGGUGAUCCUGCGCUGGCCACUGGGUCAGGCGGUGUUCCAGUGCGCCGCGGAUAAGGUCACCCUGUUCCUGGGGUUCACGGACGUCGGCUCCGAGUUCGUCUUCGGGCCCUCGUGUCGGAGAUGGAGAUCUUCGCUUUUAAGGUCAGGUGUUGUCCUAUCCUGUUCUUCAGCUUCUGCAUCAGAAUCUGUACUACUGGGGCGUGAUGCAGUGGGUCGUCAUUCAAGCUUAGGCUGGGUCCUGGCAGGUCACCGUCGGCACCACCCGCCUGCGAGAGUGUCAACGCCGCUGCCAACAUCUUCCUCGGCAGGUGGGUCGGGCUGCCGUCAGCUGUGUCACCGUUCUGACCCUCUGUGGUCAUGUUUCUCCCCUGCGCCCUCCCCAGCGCCUGCUUCACCCCUGUUCCUCCCCCAGACCGAAGCUCCCCUGCUGAUCAAGCCGUACCUGCCGCUCAUGACCAAGUCAGAGCUGCACGCUGUCAUGACGGGCGGCUUCGCGACCAUCGCCGGCUCCGUCCUGGCCGCCUACAUCUCCUUCGGCGUCGACCCCGCCCACCUCAUCUCCGCCUCCGUCAUGAACGCCCCCGCCGCCCUCGCCUUCUCCAAGCUCUUCUAUCCCGAGACGAAGAAGUCCAAGACGAGCGUCUCCAACAUCCAGAUGCAGAAGGGAGAGGAGUCGAGCUGGCUGCACGCCGCCAUGGUGGGCGUGACGAACGCCAUCCCGCUCGUGGCCAACAUCGCCGCCAACCUCAUCGCCUUCUACGCCUUCAUCGCCCUCUGCAGCCACGUCCUCGACUGGACUUGCAUGCUGGCCGGCGCCGAGGAGGAGGUGUGCACGCUGGAGAACGUGUUUGGCGUGCUCUUCACCCCCCUGGCCUUCGUCAUGGGCGUCAACUGGUCCGAAUGCGGCCAGAUCGGCAAGCUUAUCGGACUCAAGAUCAUCGUCAACGAAUUCAUGGCUUAUUCAGCGCUCUCGGACCUCAUCAAAAAAGGGACCAUCUCGAAACGCGCGGAGACGAUCGCCACGUACGCCCUGUGCGGCUUCAGCAACAUCAGUUCCAUCGGCAUCAACCUGGGCGGCUUCAGCGCGAUGGCCCCCGAGAGGCGCGGCGACCUGGCCAGCGUGGUCGUGAGGGCCAUGAUCGCGGGGAGCUGCGCCACCUUCCUCACUGCCUGCGUGGCAGGAACUCUUCUGCCCAGCAGUGGAGAAUCUCUUCCGUUGAACAUGACUUCAACGACACAGCUGUUUGAAAGCACCACAGCUUCAGGCUUUUAGUAUAGCAUUUGCGGGUGUGUUUGUUUGUGUGUCUGUUUCUGUCUUUUCCUCUGUCUGCCUGGCUGUCUGUUUGUUUGUGUGUCUGUUUUUGUUUUUUCCUCUGUCUGCCUGGC